AUGUCGCAGGGCGCAAAACGAACCAGCAUCAUGGAGGACGGAGUUCAGCUGCAGCCUCGCGCCCGGACCACCAGCAUGGACUGCGAGGAACUGCCUUUUGCGAAAGAACUGGGUCUCAUCGACGACGAUGUGUUAGAUGAUCCGCUGCUCCCAGAAGACACGGGCAAGGUGGAAGUGCCCAUCCGCAGGCUCUCCUACUCCGUGAUGGCUUGGUUGGAGCAGAAAGGCCUUCUGAUGGCAGGUUGGGAGAAGUACCCGCACACCGUCUUGGACUUCUCUGCAGAGCUCUUUAACCUAGUGACGGUACAGCCUUCAGACUUCCGUUUCCGCCGGAAGGAGUUCGAGGAGAAAGCCACAACUGCGCGGCAGCAGCGGUUCAAGACCCAGGAGCAGGAGUUCAUCGUGGGCAAGGUGACGAUGCUCAACCUGGAAGACAAGAACCAGCUUCGGGAUGCCGACUUUGAGCCCGCCAAAGACGUGGGGAUUUGCAGCAACGCCUUCAGCAGUUUAAGGACUCUUUCGCUGAGCAACAACCUCUUGGCGUAUCCCAUGCUGAUGCUACCUCGGCUCAAACACCUGGAUCUCUCCCACAAUCGGCUGAUCCAGGUGCCUCAGCUCAGCGGGCUGGCGUCACUGGAGACACUGCUGCUGAGCCACAACCGCAUCACCGAACUAGAUGAUGUGAAAUGCGUUCGGGGCAAGGUGACACACCUGCGGGUCCUGGAUCUCCGCUUCAACAGGCUCGAAGUGAUGCCCAAGACCUUGCUGGCGCUGUUCGACGAGAUGGCGCACACCUCACAGCUGCACACCCUUCGCCUGUCCGAGAACCCAUUCUGUUGUCUUUUUCCAGAGUACAUCAUGCUGGCAGUGUUGUGCAUGCCACGACUGCGACGCCUGGACAAGUUGGCCCUGGGCGGUGCCACGCGGCAAGAACUUCUCAAGUGUGGCCAGGAGUUCUUUGGCAUGGCGCUCUCCAAUUAUGUUACGGCGGACGGGAAACUUCUGGAAGCAGUGAACUCUGUGAAUUCAUUUCCGGAGAGUUCUACAACUGAGCGUUUGCCAGAGGUGAACCGCUUGUUGCAGAGGCGCCGCGGUAUCGAGGUGUCGUCUAUCCAGCAAGCCCGUGUGUUCUUCCUGCAAGACCGAGUAGAGGACUUGGAGAGUGAGAUUCAUGAGCGCAAGCAGGUGGCAUUCACAGGCGGGCUUGGAGGCAGAACUCGCGGUCACCGUGCCUACGGGGAUGGCAUGGACAUUCCGCUGCUUAGCAGCAUGAUCGCGGAGCUCGACUCGGCUAUUGCUGGGCACACGCUUAUCAUUAACUCCUCCACCAUUGUGUUUCAGACGAAAGCCAGCCAGUUGGCUUCUUUGCCGCCAGAGAAGGUUGAUCACAUGUUUGAAGACAUCAAGGUGAAGCCGAAUAUGAAGACAGGCAGGAUGGACCCCAACGGGCUCCGUGCAGCGCGGGAGGACGCGUCCAAGACCUUCUCAGAGCAGAUCUGCAUGCUUGCAGAGCGCCAUCCGGACAUGCGCACUAUCCUCAUCCGUACUUUGGCCAAGUGCGGCUCCAUCCCAAACGAGGUUGGUCCGCCCUGUCUGAACUGCAUGGCUUUGCUGGCGCAAGCUGAUGAAGAUACUCGCAAAUCUGUCUUCAGUGUGGUGCAGGAGAUCAUAGUUCCUAGCCUGCCAGAGGGGCAGCAUAUGCAGGAUGCUGCUGCUCAGCAGCUUUUGCAGGCAGUUGCAACUCCGAGCGGCGAAGGCUUGGAGGGUGGCUUGGCCCAGGAGUCGAUGGGCGGCUUGCAGCACAAGCGGCUUGAAGAGUUGGAUGAAGAAGAGGUCCAGCAGCUGUUGCAGAUGCUAGACCCGGGAAUGGUGGAAUCUGCCGAGCGCCUUCUUGGUGCAGUGCUGUGCAAUCUGACGAAGCAUUUUCUGGAGAAAGGGGGCGAGGCUGCCGACAAGUUCCGCACAAACCACAUCAAGUCCGUGAUUGACCGAACCUUUGCUAUUCUUGCGAUGAACUCUGCGCGGGAGACUUUCGGCAACCCGUCCGAGGAGGAGCUAGCGAAUUUGUUGAGGUUGCUGGUAAGGAUUCAUGCAGUUGAGGUUGUGGUGAUGGCCCUUGACAUUGUAUUUGUUGCUUUGAUCCGAUUCCUUUGGAUAGCGCUGGGCUGCCAGGAGCAGAAAAUCACGCUCAGUGAGCAUUGCGUACAAGUUCUUGUCACAGCCUCUGCCCAGCCGCUUUUGCGCAAGUACCUCCGCGGCGAGGUGGGGGCCGUGGGGGCCGUGGGGGCUGUGGGGGCCUCUUUCAUGGAGACAUCUCAAAAGCCGAAAGAGGACUUCCCUGCCUUCCGAGUUUUCCACCGCAUUGCCAACGUCAUGGCUGGCGUGGGCGACACAGAGCAAGCCUGGACGGCAGAGGAGAGGGCAGCGGAGGAAACAGUGAUGUGGAACGAAAAACUUAUGCGCCAAGAGGCCAACUUGCUGGACGACACUAGCUACGAAGACCAGCUGCAGCAGCAACUCAUUUUUUUCUCCUUCAGCGGAAUUGAGCGCAUGGUGCACUUCUUGGAGAUGCCCCCAGAAGAUGGCGCGGACCAUUCAGAAGAUCACCCCCCAUGGAUGGGCAAGAGCGAUCGCUCGGUGGCUGUCGAGCUCAAGCAACAGGCGCGUGCGUACUUGGAGGAGAGCUGCUUGGCCACGUGGAAGGCGCAGACAACGCAGCGCAGCAACACGCCUGCAAACUUGCGAUGCGUGAAGAGCCGGAGACGGUGGAGAUCGAGGAUACCGAGAUCCCGAAACUGGGAAGCAAGGGCGGGGAGCUGCUUCGUCAGGUCUUUGAAUUGGAAGGAUGCAAGCAGGGCUACAGACCAGCGAACGAUGACCCAGUGCUGGCGAGCGCGCAGGUGCACUCCGAGCUGCCAUCGUAUGUGGGCCAAGCUGGGUCUGCCGUGGGCACGGCGCGGCUGCUGGACGACUUGUUCAGACGGGCGCAUACCACGGGCUUGUGGAGCACCGACCCUUGCCCGUCCUCGCUGCCCAGCGUGCCGCGACUGUUGCAGAGGAGACCGAUUCCUUCUUCAUGCCAGGUUCGCCUGGCCUGGUGCGAUGCUCCUUCUUCGUUUCGGCACUUUUGCGGACGAUGUUCGCUGCGCUGACUCUGCCCACCACCGAGGCGGUCUCAGGCCUCGUGAAUUUUCGCUUGCGCAAUCCGGAGAUGCAGUUGCGCCUGGUGGCGCUGAUUGA